AGGGAAGUCACUAAUGGCUGUCCUAGAGUCUCUUGUUCUCUUCAAAACAGCUGUCCAUACUUUCAUGCAUAUUGAAGUUCAACAAAACAAAACAGGCAGGGGGAGAUGGGUUGCUUAGUUUUCCACUGCUCCAGGUCCCAGCAAGGCGCGGGUCCCAGAAAGACAUCUCUUUAGGCUCCUGCUUGAAACCAGCAGCAUCAGGAGGCUGCCGGCCUUGAUUCAGGGCCAUAGGGUGGCCGGUGUUGACAGUCUGCUAAAGUAUUUCGCUUUAUCCUGAGUCAGUGGGAAGCCUUUUGAGAGUUUAAAGUAGAGAAGGAACAUUAUCUGAUGUGGGCGUUAGGAAGUCACUUUAACAAGGCUGGAAAAAAAGGAGUAAAAUUAGAGAAGGGGGGUCCAGUUGGAAAAUAUUGAUAAUUCCAUACAAUUAACAAGUAGUCUUCAUUUUGUCAAUGUCCGGUUGAGACCCCACGAGGAAAUGAACUCAGUGAGGCUCAGCUACUUGGGCGAGGUCACGGCAAAUUGGUGCUCUGUCCUGGGAAUUCAGACAUCCUUUUGCAGCCGCCAGCUCCAGGUGACUUCUCUUAAAUCCGGCAUCUGUAAAAGAUCCGACCUAGUAGGGAUGGUGAUUAGGAUUCGCUACUCCUGUUCUUUCGCAGCGGAAAGGCUGAGAUGGCCGAGAUUAAAAAUUCCUGGGCACAAAAGAUCGGGCGGGAGAAAAGAGGCGGGAAGAAGGAGUUUGGGUCUCCGCGGCCACCGUAGGCACAACACUCUGGUUCCCAUGGCAACAACGCGAAGGAGCGCCAAGAUUCUGGGCGGUGUUGGCUCCUUGGCGGUUUGGACCCUGCGCAGCGCGGUAUCUCCGAAUUGCUGGCAGCUGGGAGGGCGCAGGUGACGGGAUCGCUGGAUGGAGGGCGCCCAGCUCCUGGACUGGCUGGCCCUGCCCUGCCCCAUGGACCCCUGCCCCUUGUCUCCCCUUCCUCCUGUACUCAUCCAGGCCUCCUCUAACCUGUGGAAUCCAACCCCGGCUCCUGUCAGCAGCCCUUCCCUGCUGCUCCCCAUCCCUGCCAUCGUCUUCAUCACUGUGGGCAUCUACUUGUUGCUGCUGGGCCUAGUGCUGCUGACUAGGCACUGCCUGCUGGCCCAGGGCUGCUGCACAGACUUCAGUUCCCCCUGCAGGAAGCAAGACACCUCAGAGCCCCAGGACUGUUGCUGGACCUGUGCAGAAGCCUGCGAUUUUCCUCUGCCCAACCCAGCUGGCUACCUGGAUGCUUGCUGCCCUCAGCCCAGUGAAGCUGAUUGGGCCCCGCGAUGUCCACGAUGCUGCCCGCUCUGUGACUGUGCCUGUGCGUGCCAACUUCCUGACUGCCAGAGCCUCAACUGUCUCUGCUUUGAGAUCAAGCUCCGAUGAGGACCCUAGGGCCCUGCCCUUUGGGGAGCGGCCAGCCCCCAGGGCCCACGUGCCCCCUAGCCUAAGGGCUCUCAGGACACCUCUCUCCAGCCCAUGGGAACCACAAAUGGCAGGCCCAGCUCACCAGCAUUGGAGCACCUGGCUCCCUACAGGGCAAGACUCAAGACCCCCUGGCCAGCUGGACUGUAGCUCAUUUGGAAGGCUGGAA